AUGUGUUUGGUUGGUACUAUCGCUGCACCGACCAAAAGGGCUAGCAAUCCCCCGUUGAGAGGGUCGGAAGCUUUAGUCGGAUAUUCCACUACAGAGAAUAUUGCUAGUGGAACUCAACCCGAUAUCAAGUAUAGCCUUCUUCCGGGACAAAAGGAGAAUCCAGAUAUUGGUUCCUACUUGGACUUCGAAAAUGUUGAUAACCCUCAGCCCAUCCGGGGCUCCACUGGUAGUGAUGAUCCGGGUCCACGUCUUAGUCACAAUCGGCUUGGUAUUGAUGGCGCCGGGUGGGCACGCCAAGAAAACACCGUGGUUAUGCCUGAUGCUACCGAUAUGGCCGGGGUUGAUAUGCGACUUGAACCCGGUGGAUAUCGUGAGUUGCAUUGGCACGUGGCUGGAGAGUGGUCUUUAGUACUCAAUGGGUCUUGUCGAAUUCAGGCUGUCAAUCCAGAUGGACAGACAUUUGUUGAUGACCUAACAGCAGGCGAUGUUUGGUUCUUCCCCCCGGGCGUCCCCCAUUCAAUUCAGGCAUUGAGUGACGGCGUUGAGUUCCUCUUGGUCUUUGAUCAGGGUGACUUCAAUGAAGACAAUACUUUCCUUGCAACAGAAGUCUUCCUUCAUACCCCUAAAUCCGUUCUAUCCAAGAACCUGGGUGUUCCUGUCUCCGCAUUCGAUAACAUUCCAGAUGACGAGUUAUACAUUUUUGAAGGUACUCCUGCACCAGAAGAUAUUGAAGAGCAAAACGUCACCACGCAGUCUGGCGUAGUCCCCCGUACCCAAAGCUACUCAUAUCAUUUCUCGGAGCAGCCGGCACACGAGGUAGCUGGGGGCUCCGUUAAAAUCGUCGACCCACUCACAUUCCCCAUUGCUAGUAAUUUCUCAGCUGCUAUUGUUACUGUUCACCCUGGUGGAAUGCGUGAGAUUCAUUGGCACCCUACUAGUGAUGAAUGGACUUUUUUCAUCCAAGGCCAAGGACGGGCAACACUUUUCACGGCACCAGAUGCCGCAACAACGUUUGACUAUCGAGCUGGAGACGUGGGCUACUUCCCUCAGUCCAACAGUCAUUAUAUUGAAAACACGGGAGAUGAGGAUCUGAUGUUUGUAGAGGUACUACAAGCUUCACAAUUUACUGAUAUGGCACUUGGACAAUGGCUUGCCUCUACCCCGAAGCAGAUUGUGGCGGAUACUUUAAAUCUUAGUGACAGUACACUCAGUCAACUUAAGACUGAGAAGCAAUAUGUUGUCGCUGGCUCUACUAGUGAUUAA